AUUUCCCAGUAGUAUAAAAGCAGUGAAAGAGCACGGAAAUCUUGUCUCAAACUGCUAGCGCAGGUUUGUGACAAGCCAACGUGACCUCUCUAUUCUGUCAAUCUACACCGUGGCAGGAUGAAUUUGCUUUUCACCAUUCUAAUUUCUGGAGCUAUUUCUCUUUCAAGUGCCACUCAAGUUUCCAUCAGGUGGUGUGUAAUUAGCAAUGCAGAAUAUACAAAAUGCGAUGAUUUGAAAAAGAUCAUGAAAGGAGAUUCAUUCCAAUGUGUAAAGAAGAAGGAUGUUAAAGAAUGUUUGCAUGCCAUCAAGGAUAACACAGCGGAUGCUAUAACUGUGGAUGGCGGAGAUAUAUAUGAGGGAGGCCUUUUAUCUCAAGGACGCCUAAAGCCACUUGCAGCUGAACAAAUUACAGGAGAGACAUGCUACUACGCUGUAGCAGUUGUAAAAGCAGACAGCAGCUUUUCGUACGAACAGUUGGAAGGCAAGAAAUCAUGCCACACUGGUCUAAAAAAAUCCAGUGGCUGGAUCAUUCCAGUAGGAACUCUUCUGAAUAAGUAUCCAGAAAAAUGGAAUAGAGAGGACAGAAUUGAAAAAUUUGUGUCAGAGUUUUUCUCUGCCUCUUGCGUCCCUGGUGCGGAUAAAAACCUAUUUCCAAAGCUGUGUAGGCUGUGCAAAUCUAAAUGCCAGCGAUCACAUGAUGAGCCCUAUUAUGAUUACACAGGAGCAUUCAACUGUUUGAAAGAAGGUGCUGGAGAUGUGGCCUUUGUGAAACACACCACAGUCCCAGCUGAUCUGAAGAAUGAUUACAGACUUCUUUGUAAGGAUGGUACCAGAAAGAACAUUGAUGACUACAAGAAGUGUAACUGGGCAAGAGUCCCUGCCCAUGCAGUAGUGGUGAGAAGUCAUCCAGAUGAUGAUGCCAAGAAUAACCAGAUCUGGAAUUUCCUCUCAAGAGCUCAGGAAAAGUAUGGGGAAACUAGUACUGCAGGUUUUAAGCUCUUCCAGUCAACAAAGUAUAAUCAGAAGAAUCUGAUGUUUAAAGACUCAGUAGAAAAACUGGUUCGCCUCCCUGAUGGAAUGGACUACCUACAUUAUCUCGGCCCGAAUUAUGUAUCUGCUCUAAAGGCCAUGAGGAGAGAGACCAGUGUUUCAGAUGGUGUCAAAUUACGCUGGUGUACCAUUGGCGAAGCGGAGAAAAGCAAAUGUGAUAACUGGGCUUCAGCAGUUGACUGUGUGUCAGGUGCCAAUGCUGAGCACUGCAUCAAACAAAUCAUGUUUGGCAGUGCUGAUGCAGUGACCCUUGAUGGUGGCCAGAUUUACCUUGCAGAAAAGUGUGGUCUUGUUGCAGUUAUGGCAGAGUACUACGACAAAAAAAAUCACGCCCCAUGCAGAAAUGUGGCAACUGCAGGAAAUCCACCCUCUUACUAUGCUGUGGCUGUUGUGAAAGAUCAAAGCCUGACCUGGGCCAAACUGAAGGGGAAAAAGUCCUGUCACACAGCUAUUGGCCGCACUGCAGGGUGGAACGUUCCCAUAGGAACCUUGGUUAAAGAGGGAAAAAUCAAAGCCUGUGACAUUUAUAAUUCUUCAUAUUUCAGUGCAAGCUGUGCUCCAGGGGCAGCUAAGAUUAAUCCCAGACUGUGUUCCCUGUGUAUCGGUUUGAAAGACGAAUUAGAUAAGGAAAAUAAAUGUGCUGCUAACAGCAAUGAGCGCUACUUCAGCUACAGUGGAGCCUUCAGGUGCCUUGUGGAGGCAGGUGAUGUUGCUUUUGUUAAACAUACAACUGUGCUGGAGAAUACUGAUGGGAAUGGACUACUUGAUUGGAAUAAGAAACUACUUUCUUCCAAUUAUUUCCUGCUGUGCACAAAUAAUACUGUGGUCAACGUCAAUCAGUACAAGAAGUGCCACUUGGCUAAAGUCCCAGCGCAUGCUGUUGUGACUCGAUUGGAGAAAAGGAAAGAAGUUGUCCGACUUCUGAAAGAAGAGCAGGUGAAACAUGGUAUUAACGGGACACAGAAAAGCACAUUUGAGAUGUUCAGCUCCAAGAAAUUGGGGAAGGACCUACUUUUUAAGGAUUCCACUCAGUGCCUCAUUGAAAUUACCAGGACGAAUGAUAACACUUUCCUGGAUAGGAACUAUGUGACAUCAUUGGAAUCACUCAAUCGCUGUAAACAUCCUGCAGAGGACACCAGAGCCAGGAAUGCCCUCAUGAAUGCAGAGCUAGAGCUCAAAGAAGAACCAUUAAGAUCACCAGAAGUUGUGUGUCACUCUUGCCAACCUCGUAACCCUGUACUUUAUAAAGGAGGCAGGAAUGCAAAGGUCCUGCCACAAACCACUGCACAGCAGGGCUGCAACAAAGCUAGCCAGCCUCUGGAUUCUGUUGAUACAUGGUUUGAUGCGAUGAUGUAUCUCCACAGUGUUAUACUCGCUGCAAUUACUUCACUUUCAUUUGCAGUUGACCCGAAUAUUACCUGGUGUACAAUCUCAGCAGCAGAGUUAUCAAAAUGCAAGGAUUUGAAGGAUGCAAUGUCAAAUUAUUACUUCAAUUUCGAAUGUAUUAGAGAAGACUCGGCUGCAGCUUGUUUGACUGCUAUCAAGGUUGGAAACGCAGAUGCCGUAACUGUGGAUGGGGGAGAUAUAUAUGUGGGAGGUCUCUUGCCUGAACCACAGCUUAAACCAAUUGCAGCUGAAAAGACUGAAGGGGAAUCCUGUUACUACGCUGUCGCAGUGGUAAAGCGAGGAAGCAAAUUUCAGUUCCAGGAUCUAAAGGGCAAAAAAUCCUGCCACACUGGCCUUGGCAAAUCUGCCGGCUGGAAUAUUCCAAUAGGAACCAUUUUGAAAUACAACCUAACAUCUUGGAAUGGAGUUGAUCCCAUUGAAGAAGUUGUGGAAAAUUUCUUCUCCUCCAGCUGUGUUCCAGGUGCUAAGGCGACUUUCCCUAAGCUCUGUCAACUGUGUAAAGGAACAGCUGAGAACCACUGCAAACGAUCGCAUGAAGAACCUUACUACGAUUACUCAGGAGCAUUCUUAUGUUUAAAGGAAGGUGUUGGAGAUGUCGCCUUUAUGAAACACACUACAGUGCCACCUGCUGAGAGGGAAGAUUAUGAGCUCCUGUGUGUCGAUGGCACCAGAAAGCCCAUUGAAGCUUACCAUGAAUGUCACUGGGCUAGAGUGCCAGCUCACGCUGUGGUGGUAAGAAGUGGUGCUGCAGAGGAAGCAAAGAACGAGGCCAUCUGGAGGUUCCUUUCGAGUGCUCAGGAUUUAUAUGGGCAGUUGAAUAAUUCAACAUUCAGCCUCUUCAGCUCCACAAAAUAUGGACGCCAAGAUUUAUUGUUCAAAGACUCAACGCAGAUUCUGAUUCGCCUUCCGCACGGAAUGGAUCACCUUCUUUAUCUUGGCAGUGAAUACGCAAACGCUCUACGGAUUCUGAAAAGCAAUGACAUCAGCGUUUUGAAUCCUGGAAAGAUCCGCUGGUGCACUGUUGGCGAUCUUGAAUUUCAGAAAUGUAAUGCCUGGAAGGCAGUAAGUUGUGUUAAAGGCAGAAGUACUGAAGACUGCAUCAGAAAGAUUAAGUUUGGAGAUGCUGAUGCAGCAGAUCUUGAUGGAGGAGAAGUCUACAUUGGAGGAAACUGUGGCCUUGUUCCAGUUAUGGCAGAGUAUUAUGACGAAACUAAUCUUGAUCUAUGCAAAAAUUCUUCUGUAAUCACUAAACAACCCUCUUACUAUGCUGUGGCUGUCGUGAAAGAUCCAAACAUGACCUGGGAGAAACUGAAGGGGAGGAAAUCCUGUCACACAGCUGUUGGCCGCACGGCAGGGUGGAACAUUCCCAUGGGCACCCUGAUUGAAAAGGAAAAAAUCAACGCCUGUGAAAUCUAUAACUCUACAUUUUUCAGUGAGAGUUGUGCCCCUGGAGCAGAUGCUACCCUGCAUCCUAAUCUGUGCUCCCUGUGCAUCGGCAGUGAAUCAUCAACAGACAGGUGUGAAGCCAAUGCCAACGAGAGGUACUUCGGCUACAGUGGAGCCUUCAGGUGCCUGGUUGAAAAGGGUGAUGUUGCUUUCAUUAGGCACACCACUGUGUCUGAGAACACUGAUGGGAAUGGAACGUUGGACUGGAACCAGCACUUGUCUUCUGAUAAUUAUUACCUGCUGUGCAAAGAUGGGAGCACAACUUCAGUUGAUCAGUUCCUGAACUGCCACUUAGCGGAAGCCCCAGCACAUGCUGUUAUGACACGACCAGAUAAGAGGGAUGAGUUGCUCAAACUGCUGAAACAUGAACAGCUGAAACAUGGCCGUAAUGGAACCAUGCAAGACACCUUUCAGAUGUUCAGUUCAAAAUUAUUCUCAGGGAAGGAUCUCCUUUUUAAGGAUUCAACUCAAUGCCUCAUUGAAGUUCAAAGUUCUGAUUACAAAAGAUACCUGACUGAAAAUUAUAUCAAGAUAUUGGAUGGAAUUCAUGCUUGUGAACCUCCUGAAAUUCUGGAAGCAUGUGCCUUUAAAAAUUGCUGAACUCCAUGGUGAUGAUCUGACUGGGAGUUUCACCUCAUGUCCUGGACAUCUCCUAACUACAAUGACAUCCAUUUUACAUCUAACGAAUCAGUUUUUAGCAUUUCACAGAUGCUCUGUAGGUAUGGUGAGCUAUAUAUCACCCUGCUUUAUAUCUCUUUCUGCAAAACAUAAUAAACUAUAAUUAACACAUUCA